AUGCCUUCUACAUUACGGACGCCAUCUCCUAUCGCAGCCAAGCCUGUUAAGCGGGAUAGUGCUGUUCCCGACAUUUAUAGGCUCGACCCAGACGGGGAUAUCACUUUGGUUCUGACGAGAUUUGUGACCUAUGUCGAUGAGGAUGAUGAGAUCCUUGGUACAAAAGCAAUACCCCAAGCCGAUACUGGAGACGACGGCGUCGUGGAAGAAGAGGUCAUCAUUCAUGCUUCAUCCCGACAUAUGAUCCUAGCGUCCCCUGUUUUUCGAGCAAUGCUUCAAAGAAAAUUCAGCGAGAGCAAUACAUUGCAACUUACCGGAAGGGUCGAAAUCCGGCUUCCUGACGACGACCCUGACGCACUAUUGAUUCUUUUGAACAUCAUCCAUGGACAUGUGCGGAAAGUCCCCUUGAGUGUCGACCUAAUAACAUUAAUUCAGCUUGCGAUACUCGUGGACAAAUAUGAUAUUCACGAGGCUGUAGAACUGUUUUCCAAUUUUUGGUUCGACAACUUAAAGUCUACUAUCCCAGGGGAAUAUACCGAUGAUAUACCUGCUUGGAUCUGCAUAUGUUGGGUAUUCGAUAGGCCGAAUGAAUUUAAGGUCACGACCCAUCUCGCUCUUCGCCAGGGAAAGCAAGCGAUUACCUCAGGAGAAUUACCGAUUCCAUCGUCAGUUGUAGAAGCAAUCAAUAGCAAAAGGCAGGAAGCUCUCCAUAAACUCCUGACAACUCUUUACGGCCAUCUCGAUGAUUAUAUGGAGAAUGAGCACUGUAGCUUUGAAUGUGACGCCCUCAUGCUUGGUUCCCUGACCAAACGCCUCCGAGCCCUGAAGAUUUUCCCCCUUCGACCUGAUCCGCCGUAUUCUGGACUUUGCUUUGAAGAAUUCGACUACCGCUUUCGCCAAGGAAUGUAUUUUCCUGGGGCUCAGCGGACGAGUGCAUAUUUCUAUGAGCAUUCGAAAUGCGCUAUCCGGUCGCUCGAUACGACGUUGCUAAAAUGCGAAGAAAAGUUACUGGGCUUGGACAUGAGGGACUACAAAUGA